GCAAGCUCGGUGUUGGUAGACGUUAGUAGAGCGUUAGUUAGCCAGUAGUUAGUAAGUAUAUAGCAAGCUCGGUGUUGGUAGAAGUUAGUAGAGCGUGAAUAGAGGAGCGAAGCCAGCCGCCAGCCAAGGGUCGGGACAAGUGACAGAAGAAAGCAGCUGCCUUGUGGUGCCCGCCGUGCCGAGGCUGUCCGUGCCCUUCCUUGUGUUAUGUGUCCCGCAGAGUGACAGGCGCCGUGCACACCUCCUCCCAGGGCAUUGUGGACCACGGGGACCCGCCACAGCUGCUGCCUCCCCCUGGUGCUGGCGGUCCAUGGUCCAGUGUGCUCCGCGGCCUCGAGGCAAGAGUGUAGGUGCUGGCAGGGCCGUGCUGGGCUCCUCACACCUACACACAGGCGCCGUGGCUCCUAUUAAGCAUCACGUGUGUUCAGGAGGAAGUUGGGACUCUGUGGCAGAGCAGAGGAGAGGAAAAGACCCACGAGAGACGUCAAAACAGACUCACCAAUCUGGCUUCACUAUAGCACUGCCGUAGCUGUUUUCUGAUGGAUGUCAUGCUACUGAUGUUCUCAAGCUCAACAUUAUAAACCAAAGAAAGAAACUAUUUUAUUAACUAUAAGCAAUAACUUAUACAAUGUCAAGUAAUAGUCAACCAGUUCCUUUGAUCAACUCUACUGUUGAUGCAAGUGUGUGUGGGAAGGAUGCCCUCACAGACAGCUAUGGCUGGUUUGUGCAAGCUCUACUGGCCUCCUUAGCAUUUGGACUGUUGAUAUUGAAAAGAUUCUGUGAACCUAAGAAACAUCGAAGAUCAUGGCUUGUUUGGUUUUAUGACACCUCUAAGCAAGGCUUGGGAGCCAUGAUCGUCCACUUCUGUAAUGUCUUCCUCUCUGAAGCAUUCAAAGGAGACCCCUGCACUUGGUACAUCAUCAGCUUCCUUCUGGACUCCACCCUCGGCCUGGCCAUCAUCUGGGCAGGGAUUCGUCUCAGCAUUUACAUAGGCCAGAAGCAGGGCUUGCCAACCAUAAUCUUUGGAGAAUAUGGUCGGCCACCGUCGGCACGGGCAUGGGCCCACCAAUGUGGCCUGUACGUGGGCAUCAUGGUGGUGGAGAAGAUAAUCAUUACAGGGUUGCUGGCGCUGCAGUUUUGGGCCAGCGUCAGGGACCUCAUCCUGGCCCCCAUCACCAGCCCUCAAGCUCGGGUCGUCGUCGUGGUUCUAGUCAUACCAUUCUUUGUUAAUGCUCUCAUUUUCUGGGUAACGGAUAACUUUUUGAUGGUUAGCGUAAAGAAGAUAACGAGAGGUGACGGUAGCGGUCACGAAAGCAGCUCCUCUGGUGUGUCAAGGGUCUAUUCAAAGGUGCACUACAAGCGGCCGAACUCUCACCACGAAGAUGAAUCUGACGUGUUGCUCUCGUCCUCGUCCAACGAUGACGAGCUGCUCGGAAGGAACGAAAACCUGCAGGAGAGGCGCAUUGGCCACCUCAACACCUGAACCCAGGCGGCUCGGUAACAGUUACUACAGAAUAGGAAUAUUUUUAGGGGUGUAGUUGUGUGUGAUGCAAACCCAAAAUCUGACUGGAGGUUCCUCAACUCUUCUUGCUGUGCAUUUGAUUGCUCAUUUGUAAGUUAUCAUAGUGUGAUAUUAUUUAAUGGAAUGUUGGUAGCAUAGGUUAGUAAUUGCUGAGAGAGAGAGUAGUGAGGCUCUGUCCCUGUAACUAGUCUCAAACGAUCAAGUUUAAUAGGCAUUAUUCAUCUUUAUGAUUAUAUGCUAAGGGCAUCAAUGUUCCAUCUGUCAUUAUACUCUAAACUAUAUAUAUAUUUAUAUAUAUAAUACACACGCACACACUGAAUGUGUGCAUCUUUCCGCAAUGUGCAAGGGCAUUGUGACACACACACACACACACACACACACAUGCCUAGAAUUGCAUUUUACCCUUUUUAUAUAGUUUUAAUAGCUAUUCUAUGGUUAUAGUGAUAUAAUGUUCCAGACUUCAGUGAACUCAGUAUGAAUAAUCUUGUUGCCUUUCCUGCCAGCCUCAAAUGGCAAAUCAUUAAUGAAAUUUUAAGACAAUGUUAGGGCAGCAAUAUUCCCCACAAUUUACCCUCCUCAAGAUCUUUCUUUAUUUUAUCAUUUUUCAGACUUGGCACUAUUUUACAGUGUGGGCCACAUCAUAUGUUGACACACAUGUUGCCCAAUCCAGAACAAAAACACCAUGAUGUUAUUGUAUAAAUCUCCCUCCUGCUUCUCUCAGUAGGGAGUGUCAUAAGUGAGAAAUAUGAUCAACGGCUGUCCAGAUUGUUUGUAGGAUGAAAUUUAUAAGAACAUAAGGAGUCUGCAAGAGUCAUUUAUUGACAUACAUCAGCAGAGGUGUUCAAAUCAUCUGCUUUAGAUUGUAACUGAAGAAAUCAGAUGUCUUAUUGCAAUGUCUUAUUUUAAGAAGUCAGCAUGAUGGAGAAAUUUUAGGAAACAAACUAUGUUUUAACUUUUAUAUCAAUGAAAUAUCUAUUUAUUAUAUUUCAUCAAGCCAGAAAAAUUGACAACUUUGUGUUCUGAUGACAAAAAUCUCAUGUUUUAUUUAUUAAGUUAGUGGUAUGUAUACGAUGGAUCUGAGUCAUUAUGUUGAGUAAUUGUUUUGGCAGCCCUGGUAAACCAUUACAUAUGUGUUUAGGGAAGGUGAAUGAAGAAAAGCCAGAAUUGCAGUGAUAAUUUCAUUCCGGGUAAAAAGAUGCAAUGUUUUUUGUAUUAGAGAAUGAGAGUAGUAUCCUUCACAACAGUCAUAUUAGCAGUAAACGGACUUGAUCUCACUCAGUACCAUGAAACUUACAAAAAAAAAUCAACUAAAAUUACUUGCUCUAUUCCAGCACCAUGGUGUCCAGACUUCCUAAGCAUUCAUAAGUAGGCCGUGACUAUCUAAUUAUUCAUAGAUCUCAACAGCUGAGGACUUAAUACCAUUGCAAAAUUUUAGUUGUUGGGUACAGUGUUUAGAUUUCUUGUUAUAUUAAGCAGCACCAUGUUGAAAUUUUUCUCAGAUUGACAAAUGUAAAAUUUUCAAUCACUCUGGAAGCUGUGACACAUCCUCCCAUGCAUCCUCCCUAUCACCACCCUGCUGCCUGCCACCGUGAGUGCCUCUGCAUGCUAUGGCACUGGGAAGAAAGUUUCAGGAUGAUCAGUUAGCAGCAUAACAUUAGUUUCAAUAACUUUAAGGGCACUAAAUAGUGGGUAAGAAAUAAAUGUAUAGAAGCAGACUGCAGGGCCAAUAUAAAUUUUUGUGGUAAUUACGAGGCCACACAACUGCAGGAUUGAUGAUUGAGUCCUGCAGUGCUUCAGGCCAUUUCUGUGACUUGGUGCACCACUGAAACAUUUUGAAUAGAUCUUUCUCUUUUUUGAUAUUUGUGAUUUUAAGUUUGUUCAGUUUUCCUUUUUCACUUCCCAAAUAUUUCAUGUAUUAUGUGCUAUUCUUACUUAUUUAGUCUUUGCUUGUAUCCUAAUCUUUAGACCUGUAGCUAUACCUAUGCUAUGAACUCUACCUUUGUGUUUUUUGUCACGUUACUUUGACCAUUGUGGGCACAUGCUGGGGAGUGCCUUGGCCAGUGGCGGAUUAAUGUCAGAAUACACUGAAGCCUUUGUGUGCUCCUGCAGCAUGUGUCCCCAACUUUGCCUUUUAAAUGCAACAUCUAUGCUUAAUAGUAUUGUUGAAUUACAUUGUGUGGUUGUCAUAUUUUAUUUUAUCUGUAUAGCAGCACCAGGUGUAAAUUCACCCAAAACAAGUGAACCCUGGCCUCAGCCACUCAUUUGGGGGAAGGUAUUGGACUACCUGCUGUCCUGAGUGCCAUGCCAGCCCAGUCCCUAAAUUACUCACAUUGUGGCUCUCAGAGUCAUCACUAGAAUUAAUGGUAAGUGUUGUCAUGGCUUUUUUUGCAGUCACUGAUACCAUUUUCAUCACUGCGCCCAAUUUUUGUACAAAUCAGUGUAGAUCAUUUAUCAAGAGUUUCCUGAAGUGAAGACUGGGGGCUUAUAUUGCAUGUUCAAGCUACUUCAAUGCAGUUGUCCUUUCCUUUCCAAUUUCAUCUCUGCUGCCACUUUCUUAAUUCAGAUUUCCACAUGCUAAAUGUACCUCAUUAAUCGAGUAUUUUGUCCGUCUUUUGGUUCAUUAGCAGAUGUGAAACUAAUGUGUAAUGAUACAAGGUGAAAAUAGUGAAUUAAGAAAAGAGCGACCAAGACUAUCACAAACUUAUGAGAUUUGGGAAGCACUAACUUCAAGUAGCUGAAAGGCAGAACAAAGUGAUUCAUACUGCGAAUAACACGUCCAUUAAGAUAUUAUUUACCUACUCUACUAAGUUAUUACUUCAUAGUCACAUGUGCCUGUCUAGCUGUGGCCCUUCAGGGUUGAUUGGUAAUCUCAUUGCUUUAUUCGUAGAUGGGCAAUAAAAAGAAUUAGUAGUUUGUAAAAGUACAGUCCAUCUGCAUGCCAGAGUGACUAGUAGUAACCUCUGGCAUGUCCGGCCAUACUGUGCCUUCAUAUCAUUGGCUUUGUGCAGUUCUGAAAGGUUCUAAUUACCUUAUGGAUAUUAUUUAACCUCGGCACCAAACUUGCGUUCUCAGAAGUUUUACAGUAACGUUGAUUAACCUGCCUCCUGUAUGAGGUACCGAGUCACUAGGCGAGGGCAUCAUGGCAAAGUCCAUGCAUCCUGUCAUGGCAUGGACUGUUCACAGUGACCUUCUGCACACACCUGAGUGCAGCUCUCCUGCCUCUAGCAUGCUCUAGCAUAUUUGUAAUCUUAUGUACUCAGCAAUUCUGCAUCAUAUAGUCACUGUUACCUAAGGCUUAAGUAUUAUUACGACUAUCAUUAUUUAUCAUUUACUCUGUAAAUACUUUCCUGCGUAUUGCAAGAACAGACGUUUGCAUAGAAGCCACAGAGUGAUUUUAAUCUUAUAUGAGGGAGUAGUAUUAGAUGUUUCCUUACUGACUGGUACAUUGGUUAGAUGCCCAGCCAAGGGUUCUAGAGUAAUUGGGGUGUGGGAGCAGUUGCUGUGUUCAGUGUGUUAGCCGUUCAUCACCACCCUCAAAGUGGUGCAACAAAACAUAGCCAGUGAGUGCUCAGGAUGAGUGUUUUGAAAAAUUUUCAUUGAGUUCCACUUCCCAUUAGAUGAUAGCGUCCCUUUUAUAGGACACUAUUAAUCACUGAAUGUUGCCGCCGAUACUGAUGUGUGCAUUCCUGUUUAGUUUAGUAUACAGUGAGGUAAAACUAUCCAUCUAUCUGUAAUGUGCUGUCUGUGGCAAUGGACAAAAUUACAUUGUAAUUUUUCGUGUAUAACUGAGCAAAUUGAGUUUUGUGAUAUUAACAUUUUAGUUCAGUGUAUGUAUAUAGAAUUUCAAUUGGAACACUAUAUUUUUAAUAUAGGUACUAAAGAUAGUUUCUGAAUUUAGAAAAAAAUAAUUUGUUUAAUACCGAAAUGUGGCUUGUAUGGAUUCAAAAUUUUAAAGUUAGCAGAUACAAGAAUAUCAGAGUACAGGCGGUUGGCCCACUCAUGCUGUUCCCUGGAAAAAUGUGCACCAACAAAAUGGAGACACCGGUUUAUUCUAUAUUUUGAAGACCUUCAUUUAGUGCUGUGCAGUCAUAGCUUCUGCAAUUACAACAUCAAUUCCCCAUCUGCAGUGUAAGGGUUUCCCAGCCUUCCUCCUCUGGUGAGCAUUGCAGCUACUCUUUCAGAGCAUAGACAUGUAUAUUUGGAGAAAAGGAAAAAAAGAUCUGAAAGAGGAUUUAUUUUUUAUUUGUUAAGUAUUUACAUUUCAUCAUUAAUGAAUUCCUUAAAUAGAUAAAAUUUAAAACUAAAUUUAUUCUGGUGCUUUCAAAUGCAGAAUAGCCUGCCAGCAUUAGCUUGGGAAUGCCAGCCCCUGAGUGAGGUCUGCUUGCUUUUCCUGAUGCUCUGUGCACUCAAAAGAUUAUAUUUGUGAAUCAUACUUUUACUAUUUUGUAUGGAAAGUCUAAGGACUGGAGGAGUAGUAAGGUGAUGUACCACAUUGUAUUCAGGGAAGGUGUGCUAACAAGUCUUAACCAAAGCAUGACCAGUUUUUAUAAAUUUUCAAGCAGCGGUUGAGUAGGACAUUCUGGAUUUGAGGGGCUUGGGACCAAAUGUGUUUUAUAAUAUCAGUAUAGAAAAGAUACUACAAUGUCUUGGCAUUUACAUAUUUGUUGUGCAAAGUAUAACAUGUAUCACAUUGUGUAUACCACUUUGGUGUUUCUACUUUGACAUCUUAUCUCUAAACUGCAUGUCUUGUAGUAGUCAGGGCUAUUUCAGGGAACUAGAAUGUUCACAGAGUCAAUAGAUAUGCACAGAGAAUUUUUUUAAAAGUCCAUUCUGUAUGUACAGAUUCACUUAUCCAUGAAUAAUAGACACUUGUGAACCUGUAAAGUAAUAUCCAAUAUCACUGUGGAAAACAAAAAUACUUGUUCAUACUCGGAGAAACAUCCAACCCAGAACCAGAUUUGCACCUUUUUAUAUGAAUUCAUGUAGUCAGGUCUCCUUGACUCUCCUCAACACUGUCACUGUGUACCUGUUCUCACUCUGGCCUUGUCGUUUUUCCCUCUCUGCAGCCCAUAGAGCCAGGAGGCUUUCUUGAGCUAUGGUUGUCUGCUCCAACCCAUUAGUGGGUCCAAAUUUUAUUUAUAGUGACUGCCAUGGUAUGUAAAAGUCAAAUUUGUAUCCUGUUCAAAAUAUAUUUUGGCUGGUUUUAUUUAAGUGAUAAUGAUAUACAUACUAUCUCGCUGUAAUUGAAGUCUCUAAUGCUUUUAAAAGCUUGUCAGCCUCUAUCCUGCACAAGCUAGAAACUGUCUUCCCCAGACAACAAGUUUUCCAUCUCUGUAACUCACUUAUUACAUAAUACUGACUUCAUGUUUUCAGCAUUUGACAGUAGUAUAUAACUGUAUAUUUGAGAGUGGAUUAGGACUAGGUUGAGAAAAGUAUACAUCGACAAAAAACAACGAGAUAGAGUAUAAAUCAAAGUUGGGAAUGUAAAUAUAUUUAAUUCCAUGCUGACAUUAUUCAUGGAAAUAUCAAGCUUCUGCGUGUGUGUCCACAAUGCAGAGCUACUGUCAGUCACAUAAAACUUUGUAUACAGUAUAAAAAGUUGCUUAUAUACAUCCCUCCAUUUUUGCCACUAAUAGCUGAUGAAAUCAUCUUGCCUAUAACUUUGUCAUGUUGUAAUAGAGUAGCUUGGUAACCCCCCCUAAAAAUCAGCAUGAAAUAGAAGUCAGUAUAAACAUUGAUAACUCUAUCCUUUCUUUACAUUCAUCUAAUUCAUAUUUUGUCAUUUUAAACUUUUUCAGCAUAGUCCUAAUCCACUUACAUUCUACUGUCCAUUGAUGGAGAAACCAUCAGUAUUGCAUGACCUAGGUAAGCUAAAAGAAGUUGGCUGUGUUCUGUGCUGAGGCCAGUUUCUAGGGUGUGUGAUAGACAGGCUGACUGGAGCCAACUUUCAAUUAUCAACUAGCUUUUAACAAGCCGAUUAGACUUCAGUUUCAAGCUGUAAGUAGAAAAUUUUGGAGUGAAAGAAUCUGUACAAAUCAAAACAAUCUCCACAGGAUUAAGUCAUAUUACAAUCUAAAGGAAACUAUUUAUUUCAGUUGCUGAACAUCUUUACAACAAAUAAAAAUGUUCACUGUUUAAAAUUA